AUGGAUCUACACCGAACGCUACUUACACCGUCGACAUUACGCGUCAGGCUCUCUCGUCGUAGGAGUCGGGGUCCAAUGGACACCGGGUGGUUCGGAUACCCCGCCGGACGUUCUCCAUUUAUGCGUCGCAUCACUUUCGUCGGCGUCUGGAACAGCCAAGACAAGAAAAAACUGGCCAUGUGCCGCCUUAAGUUGGAGAUCUGGAGACUUCUUGACAUUAGGCACUAUCUGGUUGCUAAGGAGAACCGGAUAUGUACAUGUUCGUUUGAGAUGAUUGUGAAGGCGCGUUUGGGGCACGAAGGAGUGAGGUUAGAAAAGGAGAUAAGUAUGAGUGAUUGGGAUGAUGAGUACCUGUCUCAUGAUCAGAUACUUCAAGCGGCAGUAGAUUCGUAUGUUUCCUUCAGAAUCGGUGCUAAUAUGGGACUCUGGAAUGUGGGCACUUGA